CAGACACCACGACCGAACGCACUAAGAGCACGCGACGCUCUGAAGUGCCCGCUGCCAGCAACGAGCAGGCGACCUCCGAUCAGCAGCAGCCGACGACAACGGCGACGGCGCCGGCCUCGUCACUGCUAGCGCGCCGUCGCCGUCCCACCACUGCCUCCAGCUAUCUGGCCAAAAUUGCGAGCCGACAGCGGCCGGGCACUGUGAUGUCAUCGACGGAGGAAACCACCACCACCACCAUCAGGCCGGAGGUGUCGCAAAGCCGACUCAGCAGCCGUCCGAACCUCACCAGCAACAACUUACGGCGCAAAUAUGGACCCGCUAAUAGAACCGGUUACACUAGCAGCACUGCUACCGGACCCGGCACCGAGAGCACCACUACCGCCGCCACCAUCCCCAACGCUAGCAGCGAGGGCGCAGCAGGAGCGGCGAAGGUAUCCACUCGACCGGUAAACUCAUUGUUUAAACGGCGAAACAAUGGUUCUCCGCUGACGCGCACCACGACACCAACACCGCCGGAAUCGAUCCCAUCGUCGACCGGAGCGCCGGCUAGUAGUAAGUUCUUUAAGAAAAAUAAGUACCGCAUUGGUACGCCCGGUACCGGGCCGGCCGUCGAACGUAAUGUCAGUGAGCAGCAGCAAGCGGUACCAGCCCAGUCACUAGAUGCGUCCGGUGUUGAUCAAAACAUUGAGCCCAGCAUACGGCAGAACAGCAAGCUGUACAAUGCGAAGAAUCGCUACCAGCAGAUAGGCGAGCACGACGAUGGUGAGCCGAUCGAGCAAGAGCUGCUCGAUGCGCUCACAACACUGUCCCGUGCCCCAUUACCGAUCGUCAGCACCACGACCGUUCGCAACGGGUACGACGAGGUGGUGGACAAGGAGUGGGCAAGGCAACAACAGAAGCAGUCCCAGUUUGUGGCGGAAGUGAAUGGACGGGCGACUACGCACAAGUACAACGUCACACACGACUACCCUAACGCGGCCGGAUACAGCGUCCCAGUACAGGCGACGUCAACGCACAAAUUGCAGACACCCAUCCAGCGGCCCCGUAUCGCGACGCACUCCGAGUACUACUAUCAGCAAACUACGCCGGGACUUAUCUACACCUCACCGAUCGCAACAGCUACCAUCAGUCCGAGGCAGGACACAACCGUACUAUCGCACUUCCCACGCAACCAUCAACCAUCGCACUACGAAAGGCAAACUAGUGGCGGUAGGCGAAAGCAGAAGGAUGACGUUACGGGACGUACGUAUCGUCCUGCGCCAAUCGAUUACGACUACUACGAUGAUGGAGAUACUCGUAAGGUUGGGAAAUCUAGUUCGCAGGUUAAAGUGAUUAUGCACGGACCGGGCAUUAUCGAGUGUCUCGAUCAGGGCAACUUUCCCCAUCCGCUGUCAUGCAAAAAGUUCAUCUCUUGUGCCAAAAUGGAGAUCGGAGGCGUCAUCGGAUGGGAGUACACCUGUCCGAAGGGUCUCAGUUACGAUCCGGUCGGUGGCAUCUGUAACUGGUCCGCCGGGUUGGGUUGCAACGAGUGAA